AUGAUCGCAACAUACAAGAUACUGAGGAGAAGUGAUAAGAUGAACAAGGACAGCCUUUUUGAAGUGAGAGAAAAUAAGACAAAAUACGCAAAUAAGUCAACAAAUACAGCAAAUACUGGUACUUUGUAUGGGACCAGGAUAGGCGAUCUCACUCAGGAGUUGGGUUACGAUGCGCAGCAGGAGGAACGGUUUGCAAAGCAGCUAUUUUGUAAGGCCUUGCCCGCUCAUAUCGGUCCAUACCUCGCUACGGACACGGCUUCCCUGAGUUUUAGGGAACUCGUACAAUACGCCGAAGACCAUAUAGAUGAGGACUUGGAUGCGGAGGAGGCGCGGACGUCGCCAUAUGUCAAUGCGGCCUCCCCCAACCUGCACUGUCAACAGGCCUCCCCCAACCUGCACUGUCAACAGGCCUCCCCCAACCUGCACUGUCAACACGCCUCCCCCAACCUGCACUGUCUACACGCCUCCCCUAACCUGCACGGUCUACACGCCUCCCCCAACCUGCCCUGUCUACACGCCUCCCCCAACCUACACUGUCAACACGCCUCCCCCAACCUGCACUGUCAACAGGCCUCCCCCAACCUGCACUGUCAACAGGCCUCCCCCAACCUGCACUGUCAACACGCCUCCCCCAACCUGCACUGUCAACAGGCCUCCCCCAACCUGCACUGUCAACACGCCUCCCCCAAACUGCACUGUCUACACGCCUCCCCCAACCUGCACUGUCUACACGCCUCCCCCAACCUGCACUGUCAACACGCCUCCCCCAACCUGCACUGUCUACACGCCUCCCCCAACCUGCACUGUCAACAGGCCUCCCCCAACCUGCACUGUCAACACGCCUCCCCCAACCUGCACUGUCUACACGCCUCCCCCAACCUGCACUGUCAACAGGCCUCCCCCAACCUGCACUGUCAACACGCCUCCCCCAACCUGCACUGUCUACACGCCUCCCCCAACCUGCACUGUCAACAGGCCUCCCCCAACCUGCACUGUCAACACGCCUCCCCCAACCUGCACUGUCUACACGCCUCCCCCAACCUGCACUGUCAACAGGCCUCCCCCAACCUGCACUGUCAACACGCCUCCCCCAACCUGCACUGUCUACACGCCUCCCCCAACCUGCACUGUCUACACGCCUCCCCCAACCUGCACUGUCAACACGCCUCCCCCAACCUGCACUGUCAACACGCCUCCCCCAACCUGCACUGUCAACACGCCUCCCCCAACCUGCACUGUCUACACGCCUCCCCCAACCUGCACUGUCAACACGCCUCCCCCAACCUGCACUGUCAACACGCCUCCCCCAACCUGCACUGUCUACACGCCUCCCCCAACCUGCACUGUCAACACGCCUCCCCCAACCUGCACUGUCUACACGCCUCCCCCAACCUGCACUGUCAACACGCCUCCCCCAACCUGCACUGUCUACACGCCUCCCCCAACCUGCACUGUCUACACGCCUCCCCCAACCUGCACUGUCAACACGCCUCCCCCAACCUACACUGUCUACACGCCUCCCCCAACCUACACUGUCAACACGCCUCCCCCAACCUGCACUGUCUACACGCCUCCCCCAACCUGCACUGUCAACACGCCUCCCCAACCUACACUGUCUACACGCCUCCCCCAACCUGCACUGUCUACAGGCCUCCCCCAACCUACACUGUCAACAGGCCUCCCCCAACCUGCACUGUCUACACGCCUCCCCCAACCUACACUGUCUACACGCCUCCCCCAACCUUCACUGUCAACAGGCCUCCCCCAACCUACACUGUCAACACGCCUCCCCCAACCUGCACUGUCAACACGCCUCCCCCAACCUGCACUGUCAACAGGCCUCCCCCAACCUGCACUGUCUACACGCCUCCCCCAACCUACACUGUCUACACGCCUCCCCCAACCUGCACUGUCAACAGGCCUCCCCCAACCUACACUGUCUACACGCCUCCCCCAACUUACACUGUCAACACGCCUCCCCCAACCUGCACUGUCAACACGCCUCCCCCAACCUACACUGUCUACAGGCCUCCCCCAACCUACACUGUGUACACGCCUCCCCCAACCUACACUGUCAACAGGCCUCCCCCAACCUGCACUGUCUACACGCCUCCCCCAACCUGCACUGUCAACAGGCCUCCCCCAACCUGCACUGUCUACAGGCCUCCCCCAACCUACACUGUCAACACGCCUCCCCCAACCUGCACUGUCAACACGCCUCCCCCAACCUGCACUGUGCCACCCACAGGAGACGCUCUCCACUGCCGUUACCUCUCACAGCAGACGCCACCCUCCACCAAGCCUCCCCCACCGCCCACGCCACCCUCCACCAAGCCUACCCCACCGCCCACGCCACCCACCGCCCACGCCGCCCACCGCCCACGCCGCCCACCGCCUACGCCGCCCACCGCCCACGCCGCCCACGCCGCCCACCGCUCACGCCGCCCACCGCCCAAGCAACUGGUGGAUGACUGUGUUGCAAAAGCUGUGAACAGAAGGAGUUGUUGUGGGCAUCAGCUGACCCCAUUCAUAAAGACCGGCAGCACCUUGUGGCGGGUGUUUAUAGUGGCGACUUCCUCCUGA